UUUCGUUUUGAUUUUCGUUUUGAUUUUCGUUUUGAUUUUCGUUUUUAUUUUGAUUUUUUUGGCUGUUUUUCAAUUAUUUCUUUUAUUUGCAGUUAAUUGUGAAGAUGGGUAGAUACGCAUAUGGUUGAAGAGAGGGGCGAUGAUCGUACUGCCAGCAUAAUCUAUCAUCGUGCUUGUUCGAAUUUCAACAAUUGCAUAAGAUGACUUGAGAUCCCCGAGUCAGAAAUUUUCAGAAGCUUUCGGUGAUUUGUGUCUUUUCAGAAGUUCUCAGAAUCGGAAAAUAAAGCACGUAUUUACUUUUGGAACAACAUAGGUACGAUGAAUGAAAACCAAAUUGUUGUUAGGCAUGAAUCAGAAGGUGGCAAGACUCCCACAACGCGUGACGAAUCACAAGAUGUUAGUACGAUUACAAAGACCAUUAAAGGCCGUGGUCCGUCAAAAGGUGUUAAAGUCGCUAAGCCUAUGUUCCUUGAGUAUAAUGUAUAUAAUGUCCCCGAUGGACAAUGGUCUCAUGAAUACGGGAAGCAAGUUGGGAGUUGUGCUACUAGAAUUAAUAUUAACGUCCCAUUAUAUCCAAAGGUAGAUGAGCAAAUCAAGAAGGGGUUUUGGGAGGAGACUAAGGUAAGCAUUGGAUAUUAACUUGAUUUGUAUAUUUUAGGGAUUAUUUAAUUUGAUUUAAAUACUAUUUUUAUAAUCUAACUUUUUUUAAUUAUUAACAGCUUAUGUUCCACAUUACUGAUUAUUCUAAUCAUUCGAGGGAGAAAUAUUUUCAUUCUUGUGUGGCGAAACGAUUUAGUUGUUUCAAGAGCAAGUUGGUGCGCCGAUGGAUAACUAUGAAGGAAAAGAAGCCAAAAAAUCAAACAAACAAGAUGCCUUGGGAUGUCUACAACCAUAUCACAGAGGAUGAUUGGAAGACUUUUGUUAAACAUUAUUUCCUGCCAGAGUCAUUGCUUCGUAGUGAAAAGGCGAGGAAAAGUGCAUCAUGCAACAAGAACCCACAUCGCACCGGCCAAAAGGGUUAUAAUAGAAAGCGACUAGAUUGGAUAAAGGAUGGACGACUUCCACCAGAUGCAGCUUUACCUAUCUUGAGUAGCUCCUCGGUGAACUCAUCAGUGACCUCAAAUGUUAAUAGAGUUAGAAAAUACAGAUCAAAGGAGUGGAUUUUGGCCCAUCAAGUACAAAAUAAAGAGGGAAAGUGGGAAAUUGACCCGAACGAUUCAGAAGUUGUUGAAAUCGCAACAAAAGCUUUAGAGUACAUCGCAGAAGAGGAAAAAGGAAAUCUUUCUUUCGAACAGGGUGAGGAUGCCCUCACUAAAGCUAUAGGGAAAAAAGAUCAUCGUGGGCGUGUCAAGGGAACAGGUGGCAUGGUUGGUAUCAAAAAGGCUUUCGGUCCGUGUAUUCGACAUAGUAGAAGUGACCAUGGUGAAGCUUCAUCAGAAAAUUACGAAUCAAUCAGAGCUUCUGUGAAAAAGGAGUUUGAAGGUGAAUUAGAGAAAAGGGUAGAGAAGAGGGUGGCAGAGGCCCUCCAAAAGCAACUAAGCACCUUGUUAAAAACAGGACAACUAAACUCCAUUUCUACCCCGAUACCUGAUGACCUCCACUUAAAUGAUUCUGCCAGAGUUGACCUUGAUGUUAGUGCUACAAGAACCACUCGUCACAUCUUAGUGCCGCAACCACGCGAGCUAAAGGAAAGGACUCCAUGUCGUCUUGCCCUUGAGGAGAAAGUUUCAGGCAACAACAUUGUCGUGGCGGAUGGUAUGGUACAACCCUCAGAUGGUGCAUUGCCCCAACAUUUUACAUCGAUGAAGCCUGGUCACUAUAAAGUCCAAGUUGAUUUUGUUUACGACGGACAUGUUGAUGAUAUUCUUCCGGUACCUACGGGAGAUGGUUUCACUAACUUAGGCGGUGCUCUGGGUAGUUUUGUGCAAUGGCCCAUACACUUAGUGAUUUUCGAAGACGGCGAGGAUUGUAUUUCACCUCCUAAAAAGAAGUCCAAGUCUAAUGUUUCUAAAGAGAGGGAUGGUAGCUCCAAGAAAAAGACAACGGUGUUAGCGGCCCAAAAGAAGACAACAGACUUACCAUCCAAGGUAAACCCUCUAAAACUCAUUCGAACCUAA